UAAAUGGACCUCCUCUUUAACGCCUACUCCACCGAUUCUGAUGAAGACGACGUGCCCAAACCCGAAUUCGCACCCGAAAGUUUCAUGCCGACGCCGUCGCCGUCUUCUUCUUCGAAGCGUCCGAGACUCGGAAACCAAAUCGGCCACUCGUAUUCGGGUCAUCCGGAGACCCGAUCUCCGUUGCCCCGAGAAGAAGCUCCGCUUCCCGGUAGAUACAUUUCCAAGCGAGAGCGAGCCCAAUUUUCCUCUCUUCCCAUGGUUCCUGAGCCGGUCUCUGUUCGUAAUUCACCUGUUUUGGGGAGUAUUUCUGAUUCAAAUAUUCGCGGUGAUAUAUUGUCGUUGUUGAGGAAUAAGGCGACAAGUGUUGCACAGCGAGGAAAACUGUGUGAGAGAAUGUCUGUAGCUCUGUCUAGCCAUACAAAAGCUGUCAGCUCUGUUCAUUGGUCACCAACUCAUGCUCAUCUUCUAGCAUCUGCGGGAAUGGAUAACUCAAUCUGCAUAUGGAAUCCGUGGAGCAGCGAGCAGAAGAUAGCACGAAAAUUGUUCAUUCAUAAUGCAGCGGUAAAAGAUGUCAAAUGGUCUUGGCAAGGAUUGUCUGUGCUUUCUUGUGGAUACGACUGCUCGUCAAGGUUAGUUGACGUUGAGAAGGGGAUGGAGACUCAGAUUUUUAAGGAGGACCAAAUGGUUGGAGUUGUUAAGUUCCAUGAGGACGACUUCAACCUCUUCCUUUCUGGAGGAUCACAAGGAUGCAUAAGGUUGUGGGAUAUUAGAACCCGAAAGGCGGUUCAUGAAUUUGUGCGUGGUGGUGAGCCUGUUCUUGACGUUGAAUUCACCAGAAAUGGCAAGCAAAUUAUCUCCUCCAGUGACAUAACAAGAAGCAACGUCAGUGAAAACUCUAUUAUUGUUUGGGAUGUCUCUCGACAAGUCCCACUUUCUAAUCAGGUAUAUGUAGAAGCCUAUACCUGUCCCUGCGUGAGGCGCCACCCCUUUGAUCCAGUUUUCGUCGCCCAGUCAAAUGGAAAUUACGUUGCAAUCUUCUCUUCAUAUCCCCCUUUCAAGCUAAACAAGUACAAGAGGUAUGAAGGCCAUGGGGUAUCAGGCUUUCCCAUUAAGUGCAGCUUCAGCUUGGAUGGAGAGAAGCUUAUCUCAGGCUCUUCAGAUGGUUCUAUAUACUUUUACAACUACAGAUCUUCUGAGUUAGUCAGGAAAAUCAAGGCAUAUGAGCAGCCAUGCAUUGACAUUGCAGUCCAUCCCAUUUUGCCCAAUGUCAUUGCUUCCUGCAGCUGGGGUGGCGAGGUUUCGGUUUUCGAGUGACAUGUUUGAAACUCUUUUCAUUGCAAGGGAAGUCUUCAACUGGCAAGGAAUGCACCAAGAAUGUUAUAGGCAUGGAUUUAAGGCACUUCUAAAAAUCGUGGGUUUUUUUUUUUUUUGUUUUUGUUUUUUGUUUGGUCCUGAAUCUCUAAAAAUUGUAGUUUGAUAUAGAUAGUCAGGUUGUAAUGUAUCGCUUUAAAGGCUACUUAAAAUGUAGAGAAAUUUAGAUGAUAUGCUUCCCUAGUUUUUUCCUCUUAGAAUUGUGUCCCUUUAGGUUUGAAAGAAGGGAGAAUGGAUCUAAAAGUGUUAAAGGAGGGGGAACAUUUCUCUAGUUUUCCUAAAAUAUUUUGGAUCAAUUUAGGUUCUUCUGUAAAAGGGGCUUAUGAUUAGGAAAAUUGGGUCGCUUCAAUGAAGCCCAAAGCAGUUAUUGGAACCCAUUCAUGAAGGCCUUUCUAAGCUGC